UCGCGAGAUUCUUCCAACCUCCUGGUGGUCGUGGCGUGGACGACGAGGGAGGAGGGCACGGGCAGGAAGCAAGGAAUGUUUUGUUCACCGUGCUGGUUUCUUGCGACCUGGAUCACCAUGGCUUUCUGCUCCUUUAGUUUACCUCCAGUGUUAUCUUCCACCUUUGUUGUGUAAUUUACUUGUAGCUGCUACUACCACACUUUUCCCCCUUGAGUACUGGUACCAUACUGUACUAGUACUAGACUACUAGUGGUGUUUGGUGCCUUGGCCUCCUGGGCACUCCCCCUCUUCCUCCAUCACACUGCUCCUCCAUCCCUCCCUCCGCACAUGGUCCUCUGCCUGCUCAUGGCGUGUUGCCCAAAUGGCGGUCAGGCUCCCUCAUUUUCCGGCGCUCUAGGGGCUUCUUGCGGGUGCCGGAGGAGCGCGUGCGCCGCCGCGCCACAGCCAACGCGGCUGUGAUCCCUUGCUGCCGCGCCUGUUCUUGCCACGAGCUUGUCUGUGUGUCCGUGUGUGCGUGUGGCUCGGCCGAGAUGCGGCCUCUCGCUUGCGUGCUGCUGGUGCUCCUCGCCUCGGUUCUUGGAUCCACAGGUACUGAUCUGGCUCCUGCUCCCGGGGUUGGUAAUUCUCCUGAUGAUCAAGGACAAGCUUCUAGUCCUCCUCAACCUACGUUCGUUCCCGGUCCAAUAACUCUUCCAACAGCACCACUUCUAACUCCUUCAGCAAGUCCUCCACUCCAGAAGGGAGCUGCUAGCCCUGUAGUUCCCACUGAACCGCAAACUUCACCAGCUCCAGUAGUUCCCCCUAAAGAAUAUAAUGCACCUCCUCCAGUCGAGUCUGCGCCUCCAGUUGAGACCGCACCUCCCGCUGUCACUGACGACGUGCCCCCGCCAGCAGCUCCUCCGCAAGCUGCCGAAAAACCCACUGAACCGCAUUCUGCUCCGGCUCCCGUUGUUCCUCCUAAAGAAGAUAAUGCGCCUCCUCCAGUUGAGUCUACGCCUCCACCAGUUGAGACCGCACCUCCCGCGGUCACUGACAACGUACCCCCGCCAGCAGCUUCUCCUCAAGCUGCUGAAAAACUCACACCAAUACUUCCUGGGUCACCUGCAGUGCUACCUUCAGUUCAGGCUCCUACUCCCUCUGUGGCCGUGAAGCCUAAUCUGCCACUAGCACCACCUCCUUCGGUGAACAAUCAACCAAGUAGCCCAAUUGGAUCAGGUAAUGAUGCCCCUCCAUAUCCACCACCUAAAAGCAGUUUCCCCGCAGUUCCUCCUUCGGCUUCAGUUCCGCCAGAACUUGUGAAACCUCCGACUGCACCACCUAUUAUUGUACAAGCACCUCAGCAACAAGCACUGCCUCCAAAUAAUGGAAAUACAGUGCCCCCAGCAAAUGCUUCCCCUCCUGCAAGUGGUAAGAACCAUGGCAUUGAGCGUGCACCCCCACCAAAGAAACCUAGUACUGCCCCGGUUCACAAAUCACCGACUAGAGGGCCUGCACCUGCAUCUAGUCCGCUGCCCCACGAUACAAAUAUGCCGGCAAUCCCAAAGAAUGCUCCAACAGUGCCACGUGCUCAGCCCCCGUCACUAGGAGUAGCUCCUAAACCAGCACCCACUAGCAGAUCUCAUCCUCCGGUACCAACGAAAGGAGAGCGUCCAUCAUUUGCUCCAUCUUACCCACCACCCCAUGCUCAAGGUCCUGACAUCUCACGAGCUCGACCUCCACAGAAGAUUGGGGCUAAAAGGCAAAACCAUCAUGCACCUCCACCGAUGUUUCAAGGUCAUCCAAACUUCCCUGUGCACCCUCCAUCUCCUUCACCAGUGUCACCAAGGGCCCCCUCUAAUGGCAGAAAAAGACCUCGUGUUUCUCCUACCCUUCCGCCAAUUCCUCCUAAAACAGAACCUAAAGCACCAUCAGCUCAUCCUAUUUGGGCACUUCCCCCACCGCCACCUAAUUUAGAUUGCAACUUGUUAUCAUGCCCAGAGCCUCUAACUGAUCCACCUGCGGGAGCUCCGUGUGCUUGUGUUCUACCGAUUAAAGUUGGAAUCCGUUUAAGUGUGGACCUUUAUUCAUUCUUUCCAUUAGUUUCGAAUUUUGCUGAAGAAGUUGGAUCUGGGGUAAACAUGGCUCGGAGGCAGGUUCGUGUUAUGGGUGCAAAUGUAGCUGGUGACCAACCUGACAAGACAGUGGUUCUUGUGCAUCUGGUACCAAUGCAUUUGAAUUUUGACAAUGCGACUGCCUUCUCGGCAUUUCAAAGAUUGUGGAGCAAAAGAAUUCCUCUAAAGCCAUCAGUUUUCGGGGACUAUGAGAUUCUCUAUGUUGUAUAUCCAGGGCUUCCUCCUUCCCCCCCUUCGGCACCAGACGGUGUUGGUAAUGGUGCAUUUGGGAACAGCAGAAAUGCAAGGGCAAUGAAGCCACUGGGGGUCGACGUCGGAAGACCCAAAAGAAAAGUGAAUGGGAGCCUAAUUGCUAUUGCUGUUUUAUCCACUGUUAUAGCGCUGAUUAUUUGCAUUGCGGCUGCAUGGUUUCUUAUACUCAAGUUCAGGGAUUCAGAUGACAUAGCUCAAAGAUAUCCACAUAGUGCAAUUCCAAAAAUUUCGAGGUCUUCUGGGACAUGUAACACACUGUUGCCUGGUCGCCAUAGUUCACAUUCAGGUCCAUCCGGUUCACUCGGCUCAAGCAUGGCAACAUACACAGGGCAGGCAAAAACAUUCAAAUUUGUUGAGAUUGAAAAGGCUACAAAUGGCUUUGAUGAUUCGGCAGUACUUGGAGAAGGUGGCUUCGGAUGUGUCUACCAGGGCACACUUGAUGAUGGAACCACUGUUGCGGUAAAGGUUCUGAAAAGAUUUGAUGGCCAAGGUGAACGGGAGUUCUUGGCAGAGGUUGAGAUGCUGGGACGGUUGCAUCACCGAAAUUUGGUCAAGCUGUUAGGCAUAUGCGUAGAGGAGAAUGCACGGUGUCUGGUAUAUGAACUUAUUCCAAAUGGCAGCGUUGAAUCCCAUUUGCACGGAGCGGAUCGCGAUAUAGCUCCACUUGAUUGGAAUGCACGUAUGAAGAUAGCCCUUGGGGCAGGGCGGGCACUUGCAUAUCUACAUGAAGAUUCAAGCCCUUGUGUGAUUCAUCGUGAUUUCAAGUCAAGCAAUAUACUGCUAGAGCACAAUUUCACACCGAAAGUUUCUGACUUUGGACUGGCCAGGACCGCGAGGGGGGAGGGUAACCAGCACAUUUCCACUCGUGUGAUGGGAACAUUCGGAUAUGUUGCACCAGAGUACGCCAUGACGGGGCAUCUUCUUGUCAAGAGUGAUGUAUACAGUUAUGGCGUCGUAUUACUUGAGCUCCUCACAGGUAGGAAGCCUGUGGACAUGUCUCAGCCUGCGGGGCAAGAAAGCCUAGUUGCAUGGGCUCGCCCAUAUCUGACAAAUGUGGUGAGCUUACGUCGAGCUGUUGAUCCGCUUCUCGGCCCUAAUGUACCACUAGACAACGUGGCAAAAGCAGCAGCUAUCGCAUCAAUGUGCGUACAACCUGAGGUUGCACACCGACCGAGCAUGAGCGAAGUCGUGCAGGCCUUGAAACUUGUCUGCAGUGAGGGUGAUGAGGUUCUUGGAUCGGGAAGUUUCAGCCAGGAGUUGGCGGCUCAUGCUACAGCGGUUUACGAUGUUACGGGCAUGGAAGCGGAGAGGGUGCUAUUAUCUGAGAUGUUUGGCUCCACACCUGUCUUCACUCCAGCUCCUGAUUCAGGUUCUUUCCGCAAGCAGUCCAGCUCAGGCCCUCUGAUGACUGGCAAGAAUAUGAAGUUCUGGCAGAGAUUGCGAAACUUGUCAAGAGGUAGUAUGAGUGAGCAUGGUGCCUCACCAGAUUUUGAGACGCGUUCAGAGUGUAGCAAUAGGUGAGUUUUUUACCCUGCUCGGAUUCCCGUCUCUGACAAGAUGAAAGAGUUCGAGUACUAGUUUGUGUACAUUACGCGUGUGGAGGUAAAGGCUGUAUAUAGUUCCGGAUCAUCAGAAUAGCAGAGUUACGGAUCGCCAGAGGCUGUACUAAGAUCUGCUCAGAUUUGUGGUUCGGUUUGACGGGUACUGCUGUACUGCUAUGUGGCCAUACACAGAUACGCCUGCCUUUCGAUUUCUACUGUUUCUCGUUUUCAGCGUGUCAGUUUGAGUUAGUUUGUUUUCCCAUUUUGUUCGGUUAGCUGUUUGGUAGGAAUUGUUGAUGUAUAGAUCCAGAUUACAUUUGGACAUUGGGAUGUCAACUCCUUCUACACUAGUGUUUGCUGCAAUGAAGAUGGUUGCUUCUUGGUGCUCUGAUUA